GAGACCACUGAUUCAAAUAUCGCUUUGCAGAGAAUCCAAAAUGGCGAACUUAUUGGAACCUCUCUCCGAAUCAUUCUACUAUGAUCGGUUUACGUAGUGUCUAAUAAGCUCUUAUGUGGCUAAACGCUAGGCUGAUGAGCCUUGCGACAUGGCUAAAGGCGAGGCUUGCUUAUUCACCAUUUGGAAGGUCACGAAAAGCUGCAUUCAUCUUCAUAGCGGCAAUAGUUCUAUUUUUAAUUUGGAGUGCGUCCAAGUUUUUACCAAAUCACAGUAAAAAAUUUAUAAAAGGAUCAGUCCAUAACCAUGCAAAGUACAAAGCUCUACAAAUGGAUGAAGUCUGUCUGGCUAACUUUGUUGGCAAGUGGAGUAAUAAGGCUGAUGUUGGGGAGGUGAUAAUAACACAUACUCCCCUACACAGUCACGAAAGCCCCUAUCUGCCAUUUGUUGGGAAUGGUAAUGUCAGCGUUGCUGCUAAAAAGAAAGCUUUACUUCACAUCAGGGGUGCCACAGCUUUUAUGCAGAUUCCAUUUUCUCCAUUACUGAAUCCAGUUCUCUCUGAAGCUGGGCUACCUAAAGAAGCAACAAUUAUUGACAUUAAGGAAGGAGUUGUACACAUCAUACACAGUUAUUUAUGGGGAGAGAGCUGUGUUCUUGUAGAUGGUGUGGUUUAUGCACAUAGAAGUCACCCAUCUCUACUCAUGCAAGAGAUUUUUAUUACAAAUCAUGGGGUAAUUUCAGCAAAUGUACGAUUUGAGUAUGAUGGUGCAAAAGAAUGGAGAAACGUUUUAUCUAAAGAGUCAAGCAAUGCCAAGGAAUCCUCUGAGUAUGUCGUCCACAGGGGAACUGUUGGCUUUGUUGAUGAUGAGCAUCCAGGUGUCAAUGUAUCCAUAGUAACCACUAAACCCCAUUCCAAUUUGUUGGUCAAAGGAAGAAGUACGUCCUCUCUACAACAUGUUACAGUUGCUCAUACCACAACUCAUCUUCCGACAAGAAUUUCUAUGGACGAACUGGAGGGCAAAUGUAAAAAGGACUUUGACAAUGUCAUGAAAUCUGUGGACCUCAACAUUCCCGGGAAAUUGAGGAAAAGCCAUAUCAAAGUUUGGAAUGAGAUUUGGAAGACUGGUAUUCAUGUUGAUUCCCAUGUGGACCCAGACACACCACCUGGGAUAGAAGUCAAUGCUACAAUGUAUUAUAUCCUCUCCUCUUUCCCUUCCUUGGACUACAAUACCAACGGAGAUCCUCAGAAUACAGAGGAGAUUGAAAAGUUGCUUCACACUCCAGAACACUGCUUUAGUGGACCACCAUCUAUGCACUCUGCAUCUCUGUGGCCUAUCCCAAGAGUGGAAGCGUCUAUCAAUAGAAUGGUUUCCCAAUGGCAGAGAGUACUGCAACAGAAUGGGUGUGCCUCGCUCAUACGCGCAGGAGCCACUGGGAUUAUCCAAGCGAUGACCCUCAGUUUUGGAGGCCUGCAGUUUUCAUCAGAUCUUUUCGAAUUUGCUGCAAACCCUGCAUCCCUGCACACUACUGUAGAAUUCCGCCAUAUCCACCUCCACCAAGGUGUAUAUGUAUAUGUGUCUGUGCUCGUGAAUGAGCACAUAGGACAUGCAGAAAAGCUUGUUGUUAAAGCGACGGGUCACGAGAAGAGGCCGCUGUACGCGUGCGAGGCCGGCUGUCAGUACGAGCCUGUGGAGCUGAGCUCGUCAAGUGUGGUGUUUCCAGUGCGCAUGACCAAGCCUGUCACGCCUAUCUUAUACAUAUCUCACAACAAGAGUCAGCUGACCAGCAUCAAGCAGCACGUGUUUAUCAAGGACGCACACCAAGAGUCCCUGAAGCAGCACCAUGUGUACCACCACCAUGUGGGAUUACCCGCCAAAUUCUGGGUGACCAUCGCUUUCCUGAUCGUGGCCUUUCACCUCUACCUGGUCAAACUGAUAUACGCAGAGUGUUUUAAGGAACCAAUAAGGUCUAAAAUCUACAUGAGCUAACACAAACUCGAUGAUCUAGUUUCCUUAGUCCAUAAUCAUCGUAUAAAGCCAGUCCCCUAUGCAGCCUCUGAGAGUUGGUUCAAGCAUCAAAGGAGACUAGCAAGAUAGUAACUGGGCAAAGAAAGUAGGAUUGGUUAUAAGUAUAACUCUUUAAACAAAUGCAGUAUGUUUUUAUGUAUAAAAUCAAGGGCGUAACUUAUUACCCUGCGUAGCAAACCCAAAGGGUUGGGAAAGAAGAGACACGCAGACGAGGCGCGCGCUAGGGAGAUAGAAGGAUGAGGGAGGCUACAACCGCUCCUUUUCCCUGCAUUCGCUACAUCCUUCUCUCCAGGCGCGCGAGGUCUAUUCCUCACCUCCAGCCCUUUGCUCUUGGUACGCAGGCUACUGACUUACAACACGACAUGCGCUACAGUGGCCACCUUGAGGUUUUAGAGAAGCGGCCAAUAAAAACAUGACUAUCGGAUUGACAUGAACUUUACUAGGCAACAAGCGUGACAAAGAAAUAUAUCAGAGCACGUCAAAACACGCCAUAAUGUUUCUAUUUAUGUAGCUCGUGUCAAUCUUUGAUUCUCGCAUGCUGAUUGACUAACGCUAUAAUGCGCUGUGUAUUCGGGAAGUUUAAGGGCCCACUUUCUGCAACCAAGAAAGGGUUGUAAAAAUAAAAUGCAAAAAGACGAAGUAGUAUGAUUGUAGAUUUGUAAAGAGUGCCAUUAGUGACUGAUGGAGAGACAGGAGCGUCGAAACGUCUGUGAUAUUAAUCCUUUUUAGUGCUUUAUACAAACUUAUAGUCAAAUUUUUUUGCCAGAGUAGGUACCAGUUCUCAAGGGAAGGAUGGCCUAGGUUUUUCAAAGUUAAAUAAUAAUGUAAUAAUGUCCAUACGUACAUACAUAAACUGAACAUUAUAGUGCGACGCGUGCUACCGUGGCCAGCAAGACAAAGUUUUCAGAAAGCUUAGCCAAUAAUAAGGACGCGAAAAUAGCAGAUUGACAAACAGACUUUGAUGGACAGACUUAAUAAGGAGUAUUCUGUCCUGUCAUGAUGCUCCAUAAAGUAUUUCUUUGCCACUCUGAUCGUUUCAAUCAGAUAGCACGUUUCACGCAUUUUUUUGGCCUACUACACAAAACUGCGUCGCAUAGAAAUGUAAAUCACGCGUGCGCAUAGCAAGGCAUGGACACAAAGGGGCGCGUGCACCCCUUCGAACGCUAAAAAGGGUAUUGUCUCAUUGUAGUAUCGCGAUUUUUUUCUGCAUAGAUUAUCUGUCUGGUCUGCUCGCCCAAGCCUGGUGUGCCUGAUUCUCCGAGUCUGCUAAGAUGGGCAAAUUGGUAGUUAAAAAAUGGUUACCCAUUGGGCCAACCAUUCCUUGACAAAGCUAGGGAAAUCUAGCAGAACAAUCCUCAGAGUUUGCUUGCGCCCUGAGGGCUCUAGAUAUUUGGGACUUUUUUAAGUGCUUGGAUGUAAAUGGGAAGGGACCACGUUAUUGGAAACAGUCAUUUAGGAGCAAAUUGUCAAUGGCUGGAAAUGGGAGGUUAUUUAAUAAAUAAAUUUUGUGAUUAA